AUGGGUGGCAUUCCGUGGCAGAGCAAAGGUUGCCGUACGUGUCGCAACCGCAAGGUCAAGUGCGAUCAAGAAGAGCCCGAGUGUGCACGGUGUCUCAAAGCUGGAGUGAAGUGUCUAGGCUAUGAUAGGGACCACUUCUUCGUCCAUCAAGUCUCUGCGAUACCAAAAACCUCCACUCAAAAGGGCUCCACAAAGAAGUUUCAACUCAUAAAGCGCCCGCAGCCAAAGUAUAUGCCCCGGGGCGUUACUUCUGGACCUACGAUGCGCAGCCAGGUCUUCUCUUCGUUUGCGGAUAUCUAUUUUCCCCACACUAUCGACACCAGUUACAACCUUGAUGUUUGGCAUUUUCUCAUUUCGGGGUUCGCAGCGCUCCCGAAUAAGACUCAGAUGCUCGAGAAGGCAAUCGCUGCAUUAUCUUGCUUUUACUUGGGCAAACUAAGAAAGGAUGAUCGCAUCUUCCAUCACGGUAUCCAGUUGUACAAUUGUGCAAUUCGCCAUCUAUCAACAAUGAUCAGCAAGAACGAUUACUGCGACGAUAUUGUGUAUACAACUAUCAUAUUUCAAGAGAUAGAGUCGUGUUAUUGUCCCCAUGGGCUACAAGUUUGGGUUGCCCACAUUGCUGGUACCAACGCGAUCUUGAAGCAUUUUCGUCGAAAGGCGGGGACAAACACUUUAAUUGACGCUAUAUACAAUCAGCACCAAAAGUUGCGAAUACUAUUCUCGACCACAGGCACUGGCAUGUCUCCUGAAGAAUACGACUAUCUCACAAAGGCAUGUGAUGACCGACUCGCGAACGGACUCUUCAAAUUCUAUGGAGAGGCAUCACCUCUCGUUGACGCCAUCAACAAAGUUGACGCGACCGAUUACAGCGCCUGUCAAACAGUACUGGAUAAAUGCAUUGCACACAGGGACGCCCUAUUGGAAUGGUACUCCCAGAAAAAGAAAAGCUUCGGCGGAGGCCCCUCAGAAAUCGAGCCAGGUGUAGUCUUAAACCCAAGGGUCCCUGCAACGGAUGAUUUAUUCGGCACCGCAUAUCGCUUUUCCUCACUGGACAAUGCGAAGUUGCAUAUUGUAUUCUGGGUUGCGCUGUCUAUCAGUCAUCGUAUGAUCUACGAAGCUCGGGGCCUUGUUUUGUUGCACAACAAUAAGAGCGACGUCUCUGUCGAUCGGUCUAAAGACUUGGACAUGCAUUUUUCGAUGUUUUAUCACGACGAAAUCGGUCGGUCAAUCCCAUACUGUGUUCAAGAUUGUAUGAAAUCAUGGGGAUUCUCGUCGCUGCUGUGGGGGAUGAGCCAAAUUAUCCUCCCAUUUGCAGAAGCAGGAAAUUGGGAGAAGUUUAUUUGGUGUCAAAAUAUUUUGAUGCUUGGCGUAGAGCGCGGCUACGAAUCUGCUGCUCGCAUCCGCGAAAUCUUUUGGACCAUGUGGUAUCGAGCGAAUCCUCGACAAACACGGUUCAUUGAACUAUCUUUCCGUGAUCUGGAUCCAAAGUACACCAAGUUCCCUAAGGAGCACUACGGGAAGCUUGCUGAGAGGACAGUGGAGCCAAAGAUGCUGGAUGUGCCACCAGAGGAGAGUUUAUGA